AUGGAGGAAGCACAAGUGUUUAUCCGAAAUGACACGGUGGAUGUCCGUGUUCAUCAGGUGCCCAUUCCCAAGCCCCGAGCCGGUCAGAUACUUAUCCAAGUUGUCGCGACUGGCACCAAUCCUAAAGAUUGGAAAUUCCCAGCAUGGAUGGAAAACUUCAAUGGCGCCAAUACGGGAGAUGAUAUCGCUGGAUAUGUUCAUGAGAUCGGCGACGGUGUCUCGGGAUUCCAAGUGGGAGACCGAGUCGCAGCUUAUCACGACUAUACGUCUCCACAUGGCAGCUAUGCUGAAUAUGCCAUCGGCGAAGAUUACGCCACGUUCCACAUCCCCGAUAGUAUUUCCUUUGAGCAAGCCGCAACAGUCCCCCUGGCUGCUAUGACCGCGUCAUUGGCACUCUUCUCUCGGCUGGGGUUGCCGGAACCGUGGUUCAAAGAAAAGACAUGGUCUCAGAAGCCAGAGGGUGGAGUCCUGAUUUACGGUGCUGCAAGUGCUGUGGGAAUGUUCGCUAUCAAGCUGCUACAGAAAGCCGAUAUCCAUCCGAUUAUUUGUGUAGCCGGACGAGGAAAAGAUUUCGUUCGCAGUCACCUGGACGAGAGCAAGGGUGACGUGGUUAUUGACUAUCGCGAAGGUGAAUCUGCCGUGAUCGCUGCUAUUCGGAAAGCCACAAAGCAGCUUCGUUAUGCUCUGGAUGCCGUCAGUGAGAAGGAUAGUUUCAGUGUUGUCAGUCAGGUUCUGGGGCCUGACGGCGGCGCCAUGUCUGUUGUCAGCCCGGUGGGACCGGAGGAAUGUCCUGAGAAUAUUCGGGUGGAAUUCACUGAUGUUGGGAGGGCCCACAGGGAUGAGAAGGAAUUCGCUUACAUCUGGUCGAGGUUCUUCACUCUUGGGCUUAGAGAAGGCUGGCUCACGCCUCAUCCGCAUGAGCUCAUCCCUGGUGGUCUUCAGGGUGUUCAGAUAGCAUUGACCAACCUCAAGGAGGGAAAGGCCAGUGCGCUCAAGUAUGUCUUGAAGAUCAAGGACAAUUGAAUCAAUACAAGGCCUUUUGUUGCAAAGGUAAACACGUGCGUACAAAACUACGCGAGCGAGAGAAAUGAACAGCCAUUGAUUGAAUCGACAAUGUACA